AUGUCUAAAAGGCGGUCGGACACACAGCUGACCAAGGACGACUACGAGCAGCAGGGUUUUAGUUAUCAAGGAAAUCACGAACCGGAAAACCCGAGAGACGCCGUUGAUCCUACGAAAAUGGCUGAUAGCAAGAUUAUGAGCGGCAGAAAGAUCGCACCUCUGAAGAAGGGACGUGGUCGCGGGGGAGCGGCCGGCGGCAGCUCAAGAGGCGGUUCUAGCAUACCUAACUUCUUUGCGGCGACACCAACAGGGGGAUUCGGCGCAAAUGGUGCAUCACAACCUGAGGCACCAUUCUCUGGAUUCGGGGGGCCACCUCAGAGUGCCGCGCCAGCGACUCCAACUUUCGGAGGAAACGCGACAGGGGGUUUCAACUUCGGCGGCAAUAGCCCUGCGCCGGAGCCGCCCAAGGUAAACUCGUUCCCAUCAUUGGCACCAUCAAGCACGAAUGGCUCGUUUGGUACCCCUCAGCUCGGAGGGCUGUUUGGAGGUUCGACACCACAAAGCUCGUCAACUGGGAUGUUUGGGAAUAAUAACAACAAUAACGGCAAUGCCUCUCCCGCGCCUGCGUCUACCGGGUUCACGUUUGGAGGCAACAACAACGCAGCCCCCGCGCAACCGGCGACAGGUUUCAAUAAGGCGCCAUCAUUCACUUUUGGUGGUAAUAGCACGGCUGCGCCAAUAUUUGGCGGCGGUGAUAACAAGCCAGCUACAUCUACGUCCACUUCAUUUACAUUCGGAGCCAACAAUGGCACUCCUGCUGUGGUUACACCUCCGGCAGCCUCCUCAUUCAACUUCUGCGGCUCUACAGCUACCGCAUCUGGGCAGCCCUCUGGUGGCUACUUUGGUAAUAGCUUUGCGCUCGAGAAGACCCCCGAGCCUCAGACUACACCGGCUGCCGCGCCAGCACCUACCUUCGCAUUUGGCGCGGCCACUCCGCAAACAGGGACCCCUAGCACCUCCCUAUUUGGAAAGCCGGCAGAUUCACAGGGUAAAUCGUUGUUCGCUAAACCUACUGAGCAACAGGGUUCAAGCUUGUUUGGACGACCCUCACAUUCUCCGGAGCCUCCUUCUGGAAACUUGUUUAAACCUUCACCCAGCCCAGAGCCCUCUAAUAACCUUUUUGGAUCUCCGGCGCCAACUCCCACCACCAGCAGCUUCUUUGGUCAGCCCAAAGAACAAGAGCAAAGCAAGCCGUCAUUCGGUGGAUUCGGGGAUAAAGCACCGGCAACAUCAAAGCACGAGCCGCCCAAGGCGCUGUUUGGCUUCGGCAUAGAGUCUAACACUCCUCAGCAAGAGCCACCAAAAUCACCAUUUGGUGGCUUCGGAGAUAAUAAGACUGAUCCUCCUAAGUCGCCAUUUUUUGGCGGAUUUGGGACUCCGAGCGAAAAGAAGGAUGAACCGAGUAAGCCGCUCUUUGGCUUUGGACCUCCUACUGAAAACAAGCUAGAAACACCUAAGGCUCAAUCACCGUUCUUCGGUGCUCCUUCUACCCCUAGUGUCGAAAUUAACGAUGACAUCAUGGCUGAUAACUCACCACCAAAAUCACCGAGUGUUUUUAACCAACCAAUUAAUAGCCCUAGUCCUUUCGCUGGAUUUGGAUCCCCUAAGCUCGCGGCAGCGCCGCCAAAAGAGUCUACACCCCCCCCUGCUAUGUUUGCCCCUACAGCAACACCAACAUCAACAGCAGUAAAUAACACGACUGCUGCUUCUGCUACUAACUUCAGAACACCAUCACCUCCACUCCCAUCUGACUCUACUUCAUGGACAACAGCACAGCUCAAUGAAUACUAUAACUUGUUUGCUUUGCGUGCGUUGAACCACAGCUUUUUGGAAGGCCUUAAAAAAGCAGACCAAAUGGGUGACUGGAGUGUCUCUUGCGAAAUAUACAUCAAAGAGUCCAAAAAAAUCAAGGAAUGUCAAAAAAAUGGGGAGCGCUAUAAAGGCGCCAGUGUUGAACCGAAAUUGGGCUCGGGUGUCACUGCCAAAAGGAUUAACACCUUCGAUGAUGACGAGAUUCAAGGUGGCGGCGGUAAAAGAUCUAAGGGUAACGGCGAAGACUCGAAAUUUUCAGGAUCUGAUUCCUCAAAAGCCCUCGCAUCAAUUCUUGGCGGCGGCAGCAGCACUUCUGGAACAGACGCCUACGAGCUAGCCAGUAAACCAACCCAUGGAUUUGUUCCUCCAUCUGCGUCAACGCCUAUCACACCAUCUGGCGUGAAGCUUGCUUCGGCCCCACUGUUCGGCUUCAAACCCCCUGUUCCCAUGUCCGAAAAGAAAGACCAAGAAGAGAAGAAUGAGGACAAGUCUGAGGGUUCUCCGUCUGCGAAGGACAGUAGUGUCCUUGAUUCCCCCAACGCCUCUCAAAACAGCGGUGGUUUCGUAAACCCCUUCUCAUCACAGGUUCCUGGUCCCUUGGAAAAGGACGAAGGUGAUGACGAUGAUGAUGAUACAACAGCUGCCUCAUCACCUUCGGGCAGUCUGUUUGGUCGCGUUAGUGAACCGAAGAAAGAAUCCACCGGGUCAAUCUUCUCAAACAACAAGGCUGGCUCUGGCAGUGGUAUGUUUUCUAGUAAGUUUGGCGAGACUAACGGUACCAAUGGUACAUCGUUAUUCGGUUCCAAAACCGAGGCACCCAAAGGCCUCUUUGGAUCUGCCACAUCUAGUUCUGCGCCCUCUCCGAAUGCAUCAGGAAAUUCAUCGAUCUUUGGUACUCCCGGGGUAAAAGAAACCGGUUUCUCCUUUGGUGGUAGCGGCCCAAGCACUCCAAUUGUGCCCCCUUCAGGCCCUCUCACGCCAAAAGACGAUGAUAACAACUCUGAACCUAACGACAAUGCCCAUCUUGCCAAGGGUGAUAUCGAUCUUUCUAAGCAAGGUCCCGGCGAAGAAGAUGAAGAUUCGAAAUUCGAAGUCCGAGCCAUCGUCUAUGAACUCGUCGACCAGCCAGACGGCCAGGCAGACAAGCAUAUCAAGAGAGGUGUUGGACAGUUAAGAGUCCUCAAGAACCGUAUCAAUGGAAAAGCAAGGGUGCUUGCACGAACAGAGGUCGGGAAAGUCGCACUCAAUGUGGGAUUGGUUGAGGGCAUCACAUAUACGCCGGCCAGCGGUAGGGGUUUGAAAAACGUUUCCAUAGUGGAGUUUCUUCCCGACGGUGGCCGUAAGAGGUACUCCGUAAGGGUAAAAGAAGAGGCAAUUGCAAGGAAAUUGGGAGAAGCGAUGGAUUUGGCCAAGAUGUCAUAG